AUGGAAGACUGUUCUAAAACAAAAUGCGAUGCAUUUCAUUCACGCAAACUGCAGAUUUCCAUCAGGAACCCCUCCAAGGCAGAUCACCCGCCGAAAAACUUUACCUUCGACGCGGUGUAUGACGAGACCACCCAGCAGAAGGCCUUUUACGAAGAGUCGUGUUACGAUCUUGUGGAAGGAGUUAUGGAGGGCUAUAAUGGCACCAUCUUUGCCUACGGCCAGGGCUACCAUGACCCACCGGAGCUACGAGGGGUCAUCCCCCACUCUUUUGACCACAUCUUCGAGAACAUCAAGGGUAGCGUCAACACCGCCUUCCUUAUCCGCUGCUGCUACUUAGAGGCAAUGCGAGAUCUUCUCGCGGUAAGCGGCGCCGGAGAGAAGAGGGACAAGCUAGAGCUCAAGGAAGAUCCCAACAAGGGCGUCUACGUCAAGGGCCUAACUCAGGCAGUCGUGAGCAACCAGGAGGGCAUCAACUGCCUCAUGGACCAGGGGCAGAAGAUGCGCACGGUGGGCGCGACGGCGAUGAACGAAACUUCUUCGCGGUCACACUCGAUCUUUACCAUCGUCGUGGAGAUCAACGACGUAGACGAGGCUGGCAAGGACCACAUCCGAGUGGGGAAGGCAAGCUUACCGAUAGCACACAAAAAAGCGAAGCGGGUUGCCUCCGCUUCCACAACCAUAAAGUUUGCUAAUGAUUUGCAAGGCAUCCAAGAUAGGGAGUUGCACCCACUCUCCGGGCCACCAAACUUUGCAACUCCCGUCCUUUUGCUCUACCUGCUUCCAAAUCAGCUUAACCUGGUGGACCUUGCGGGGUCUGAGCGCGCGAGCAAGACCGGGGCCUCAGGGAACCGCUUGAAGGAAGGGUGCAAGAUCAACCUCUCGCUUUCCGCCCUCGGGAACGUGAUCUCGGCGCUGGUAGACGGCAACGGGAAGCACAUACCGUACAGAGAUUCGAAGCUCACGAGGCUGCUGCAGGACAGCCUGGGUGGCAACACCAAGACCCUCAUGGUGGCCGCCAUCUCUCCGGCUGACUACAACUACGAGGAAACGCUGUCCACCUUAAGAUACGCCAACCGGGCAAAGAAUAUCAAAAAUAAGCCCAAGAUCAACGAAGAUCCUAAGGAUGCCAUGCUGCGACAAUACAAGGAGGAAAUCGAGGCGUUAAAGCAGCAACUAGCAGCUUCCCUUGGAGCGGCAGAUUCCUCUAGCAGCGGCGGCGGCAACCAAAAAUUACCCCCCUCGCCCUCGUCAGGAGGGGCAACCGCAGAGGCAGCACUUUCUGGAGCGGACCCGCGCGCACCCUCACGCGAACCUCCACCGACGUCUUCAUCUCCUUCUGUGGCUGCAGCAGCGGAAAAAAUCGAGCACAAUCCUCAACAACACGACAUCGAAGAAGAGGGUGGCAACGACGGCGACGGUACGGCGGAACCCGCCGCGAUAGCAGCGACAACCGCGACAGCACCAACGGCGGCCGCGGGUCCGGAGCGUCAAGACCAUCCUGCUACCGGAGGCGUCGCUAGCGAAAGUUCGGUGGUGGCUGCGGCAGCGACCGGCGGCGGGGAAGGGGUAGAAAGGGGGCAAGCGGGCGGGGAGGAAGAAGCCCGCAAUGAACGAGAGUCGGGAGAGACAAAGGUGGCGAGUAUCUCACAGAUCCCCCCUGAUGUGGUCGUCCAAGAAAAGAUCGUCGAGAGGGUGGUCGUCGAGGAAAAGGUGGUUGUGCAGGAGGUUGAGGUCGAGGUGGAAUCGCAGAAGAUGGCGGAACACAGGCAAGCUUUGGAGAACUACAGCAGAGCGGUGGAGGAGCAGCGUAAUCGACUAGGGCAGGAACUCGAGACAUCUGUUAUCCGGGCGGAUGUGGAAAAGCAGGCCAGGGAGGAAAUGGCACGGAAGCUCGAUGCCCUGCAGACCAAGGUGAUUGGCUUGUCCUCAUCCUCCAGCCAGGAUCGCCGCCGUGCCAGGAGAGCCUCGGUAGCGACGAGGUCAUCAAGCAGCCGUGGCGGCGGCGAUGAAAAGGGGAGCGGCGGCAACGGCGCAGAUUCCCUCGGAUCUCCAACGGAGGCGGAGAUCGAAGACCCUGAGGUCAUCAUCGCUCGUAGAAAUGCGGAGCAUCGACGAAUGCAGGCCAAGCUCAGGCAAAAACGUAGGAAAGAAACUCGCCUGGAGCUGGAGCGAGUGCGAGCCCUGGAGGAGAAAGCGGAGGUCGAGAAGGAAAUGGCCGACGUCGUGGGACAGGCGGAGGAGAAAGAGCGUAGGCUCAACAAGUCACGCAAGAAGCUGGAGAGAAAGCUGGUGGAGGCCCGCGAGGAGAUCGAAGACCUCACGAUGGAGCACGAGACGGAGAGGGAGGAGCUCCUCGACUCCAUUCGGAACCAGAACAGGGAGCUGCAGCUGUGGGAACAGGUAGCCCGGCAAAUCCUGUCGUCCAAAGAGAUAGCCCGCAUCUGGGAGAGAGGGGAGUACAACGAGGAUGACCAGACCUGGAUACUGCCGCACAUCAAGCCUCGAGGGAGCUACGUCGGAGACCCUUGCAAGCUUCCACUCUUGGCCCCACCGGGCGCCUUAAACGGCGGCGGAGGUGGAGGGUUCGAUGGAGACACAAACAGUCCGGCCAGCGGCAGGAUGAGCAGUGCAAGGAAGGAUAGGAGGAGGGGUGGGGGGAGAAGUGAGGCCGGCGACACCAGGGCAAGCAUAAGCGGAGGAGGUCAACUGGAGGGCGGCGGGAGCAGGGGUAGGAUCGGGAGCCGGGCAUCAGUGUCGGGUAAGGGUGGGGGUGGGGGCGAGCGAGGUGGGAGCGGUAACCGAAGAGGGAGCAUCACCGGUCGCGGGGCCAACGAGGACCGACCCCCGCGAAGGGCGGGGGGGGAGGAAGCUGCCCCGAAGGAAGGAGGCGGUGGUGAGCGAUGGCUGUGCAGUCUGGUAGCGUGUAUCCUGUCGUAUAACAAUAAUUUCCACUAG